AUAGGGCAAAUUGGGCUAAACUAAGCCACAAACUGUGUGACAUCGUUCGACCUUGUAUUAAGUCAAACUAGGUGUAGAACAAUACCAAUGAUUUUCCGUCAUGUGAUUAACGAAUGCUACUGGUUUGUUUUGGCGUGAGUAGUGUUUCAACAAAUGUAAACCGUUUGCAAUGGCUGUACCUUUUAAAUUGGCUCUUUGCAUUUGUUCCUUCACAUUUUUUAUGUACUAUGGGUCUUCACAAGUCAUACCUCAGGAUUCCGUCUGGAUAAAAGAAAAUGAUCUUAUUAAAGGAUUUGUAAAUUCCUUUCAAACAUUUGGGACCAAAAAGCAGCUUGACAAAGAUAAUUUUAUGGAAUAUCUCACAGGUUUUAAGGAAGUAGACCAAUUUCGGAGAAACUUAAACAACUUGAAGUUAUCACAGAAGUGUGAGAGUUCCUUAUUAGACCUUUUUACACCUGCAUUGAAGUUUAUACAAGCAAAUGAUACAAAGGGAUUGAUCCAGUGGUUUCUCACUAAAUCAGAGCUUCAUUACUAUAUUGAUGCAUGGGCAAAACCUCCAAGUAGAUUAUUUGUUGGAAACAUAGCUUGGUUGGGAGCAUAUGAUGAAUGUAAACAAAUUAGCGGCUCUCACUAUUGCUUAGCUAAUACUCGUGUGCUAAAUAUUCCAAAAAUUCACGGUUAUUUUGGAACAUGUACACCAAAAAUAUGUUCAGCAAACGAUGUUCAUCGUUUAUUACAAUAUAUUCAACCAUUUUUUGUUGGUGUUAUUGACUUUGGAGGAAGAAACGGCUCUGUGCCACUACCAAUUAAUUGUGAUGAUGACAGCAGCACUCUACCAGCUUCAACAAUCGUGUUCAUUACACUAACCUGCUUUCUUGCUGGUUUGUGUUUUCUGGGCACCUUCAUGGAGAUACUUCAGGACUGCUUUACACCAGACCAACUAGUGCCUAGUCCUAUACUUGUCAAUGUUCCAGACGGUGAAAAAGAGGAUGAUAGCUCCAUUCAGUACCAACGAUUUGAUUCCCACAUUGAGCGAACAAGAGGCAACGCUGUGACGAACUUUCUUAUCAGUUUUUCUGUUAUAAAAAACACAAAAAGCAUUCUCUCAACUCAUGUACCAACUGGUGUUGUUGGCUCAUUAAAUGGUAUACGUGCACUAAGCAUGACUUGGGUCAUCUUGGGACACAUUUAUUAUUUUGGAGCCCUAUCGAGUGUAGAUAAUAUUACCAUUGCUGAAAAAAUUAGCCAGCGAUUCUCCUUUCAAGCAAUUGCAAAUGCUUACGUAUCUGUCGACAGUUUCUUUUUGCUCAGUGGUAUAUUGGUGUCUUACAUCACUUUGAAAAAGAUGGACAACUGCAGUGGCAGACUCGGACUUCCAAUGUUUUAUAUACACAGAUUUGUCAGGCUGACGCCAAGCUACAUGUUUGCCAUAUUCCUUUACAGUAGUUUUUACCCACAUAUAGUGAGCGGUCCAUUAGGGAUAAUUGUAAAACAUACCGAAGAACCAAACUGCAAGAAGUACUGGUGGACAAAUUUACUUUAUAUAAAUAAUAUCUAUCCAUCACAUAUGAUGACUGAGUGUCUUGGAUGGUCUUGGUAUCUGGCAAAUGAUAUGCAAUUUUAUGUUAUUAGUCCGAUAUUUCUUUACGUUAUGUAUCGUUUCAAAUUCCGUGGAGCACUGUUAUCAACUGGAAUCGGUAUUUUGUUGUGCGUUGUUAUAAACGGAGCUGUGAUUGGCUCAAAGAAUCUUCCCGCUUUAAUCUCCGAAUCGUUUUCACCCAAAGCUAGCCCAGAACAAAAAAGUAAGACGGUAACAUUUGCUGACGAUGUUUACAUCAAACCUCACACGCGAAUUGCGCCCUAUUUGGUUGGACUUUUACUUGGCUUUAUUCUGUCGAGAAAAAUCUACAUCACUAGAAAACCACAUGUUAGCAUUGCGAUGUUCGGUUGGACAAUUGCGUUUGGUAUUGGAAUGUCAGUCGUAUAUGGACCAUAUACUGUUUUUAAAACGGACGGUGAUUCCUUUAACCGAACAGAGAACAUAUUUUAUGGUACUUUUUCACGUUUGGCGUGGGCGUUGGCUUUAGGCUGGGUGAUUUACGCGUGUCAUAAUAAAAUGGGAGGUAUCAUAAAUCGUUUUCUUUCAUGGAAAGCAUGGAUUCCUUUAGCACGAUUAACUUACGGAGCAUAUCUUCUUCAUCCAAUUAUUUUGUUAUUCUACUAUAAUUCACAGGAGAAUCCAUUUCACUUCCAAGAUACCACUACGAUAUUCCUCUACAUUUCGGUAGUGGUGAUGUCGUAUUUGUGUUCUUUUAUAAUGGCGCUACUCAUUGACACACCAGUAUAUAAUGUAGAAAGAAGUUUGACGAAAUAUUUUGCAAAGAGGAACGAGAAUGUGAUAUGAAAUCUCAAAAAAACGACGUGGAAAAAAAACUAGGGUAUGUAGACGUGAUGCGCAAUAGUAUGUCACUACCAAACCUGUACACACGUGUGGACGAGUGUCGAGUUUGAUGAAAUUGUAACAUUCUAAAGCAGUUAAUUAAGUUUGUGUAAAAUUUAUUGGUAUGAAUGAUGUUGGAUAAGCAUUCCUAAAGCACUAUUGAUAUAUUUGGUUUUAGUUUUGUUUUUGUUUUUUUUUGCAAUUACGAGAUGUGAAAAGUUUUGUUUCCGUUACUAAAAGACGGUGGGAAUUUGCAUAUUUUUACAAAGGUUGAUUGAAACAUUUUGGAAAUUUAAAAAUAAUCUUUUUUUUUUUUUGUUAAUACUUUUAAUAUAGAUUUUUAUCAAGAUAAAUUUCAUUUUUGUUAGGAAAUUAGGAAAAAUGGCCAAAAAUGAUGAUGUCAGCAUUUGUUCUUCCGAAAUUCAAUAUACGAUAGUGUUUCGCAUUGGUGUUUUUUUAAUCUCUCAAAUUAAUGCCUACCUUGGAACUCAAAAAUUACCGUAAUCAGAUUUAAGAAAAUCGCAAUCAGCUUGUUUUAACGUGUUAUUAACGCGUUGCGUCAUUAUAAGCUGACCUGUUAAAUAUCGUCAUUUCUCUGUUUAUACCCGUUUCUGUUAAAUGUUAUUUUCACGAAGAGUGAAUUGUUAAUUAACCUAUAUUUUACUACUUUGUAAAUACGCAAAUUUUAUUAUAAGCACCUAAAUUUUAUCACGAAUGUUGUGGUUUAUACUUUUGUAAGAAAUAUCAUUUUUUUCGGCGAAUACUUGUUCUGUCUG